UUUACUCCUCUCGCUCAAACUCCGCGCCCCUCUCGCUCCGAGAGACAUAGGUCUCGCGAGAUCUUUGGUAAACUUACAGAACCGGAAGCAGCGUGUAGUUCUCUUCCCUUUUGCGGCCAUCACCGAAGCGGGAGCGGGUGAGGAUUCGGCGGCCAAAAUGAAGUUUAAUCCCUUUGUGACUUCCGACCGGAGCAAGAAUCGCAAAAGGCAUUUCAAUGCACCUUCCCACAUUCGAAGGAAGAUUAUGUCUUCUCCUCUUUCCAAAGAGCUGAGACAGAAAUACAAUGUGCGAUCCAUGCCCAUCCGAAAGGAUGAUGAAGUUCAGGUUGUACGUGGACACUAUAAAGGUCAGCAAAUUGGCAAAGUAGUCCAGGUUUACAGGAAGAAAUAUGUUAUCUACAUUGAACGGGUGCAGCGGGAAAAGGCUAAUGGCACAACUGUCCACGUAGGCAUUCACCCCAGCAAGGUGGUUAUCACUAGGCUAAAACUGGACAAAGACCGCAAAAAGAUCCUUGAACGGAAAGCCAAAUCUCGCCAAGUAGGAAAGGAAAAGGGCAAAUACAAGGAAGAAACAAUUGAGAAGAUGCAGGAAUAAAGUAAUCUUAUAUACAAGCUUUGAUUAAAACUUGAAACAAA